AUGAAUGGCACUGUUUUGGAUAAUCCUACUAUUUAUCGACAGUUGGUUGGAGGUCUCGUCUAUUUGACUGUCACACGACCAGAUAUCGCCUAUCCAGUUCAUGUUCUUAGCCAGUUCUUGUUAGCUUCUCGUACUAUUCACUGUGCGGCAGUUCUUCGCAUUCUUUGCUACAUGAAAGACACUCUAUUUCAUGCUCUUCAUUUUUCUGCCCAUUCUUCUUUAUUCCUUCAAGCAUACUCAGAUGUUGAUUGUACUGGUGAUCCCACUGAUCGUCGUUCUACUACUGAUUAUUGUUUGUUUCUUAGUGACUCUCUCAUUUUCUGGCGAGCCAAAAAGUAA